CACACACACACAAGCAAGAGCGAGGAGCUCCUUUUCGCUCCUCUUCACUCUGAAGCUCGCAGCGCAUCGCGUCGCUCCUCUCUGGCUCCCGCGCGCCCCGUGAUGCAGCGUUCCGCCGCGCGCUCUCCAUCUGGACUAUAAUGUGAGUGUGAGGGAGGGAGUGAGUGAGUGAGUGUGUGUGAGAGAGCGCGAGCGCAGGAAUAGCAGAACUGCACUCUUCCCGCGGCUCUCGGACAGACUGAGCUCGCGCCCCGGAUCUCGGAUAUGCUGGGACUCUGAAAGCGCAUCGCUUUGCAUGCGCACCGCCCGCACCGCACGCGCUACGAUGGCUCGCGCCUCGGCCGCGCAUACAUCGCGCUCGGCGCCGGGCGCCUCCACCGCGUCUCCGCCCGCUGGGAUUUAAGAGGAGGCUCCAUGGAGAGCCGUGCGCUCCGGCGCGCUCCUGGCGCAGUCUGACCUCCCUUGCGUUUCUCCCCCCCCCUCUCUCCCCUCCUUCUCCUUCUCCUCUCUCCCUAUCUCUCUCUCAUUCUCUCUAUCCAUUCUCAGGCUCCGAGAAAGCUGCGCGCCGUCCGUACCGGGGGGGGCGUUUCGGCGCUCCGUGCCGUCAAAAUGCUGAACAACAUCUUACUGCUGAGCGUUUUAACGGUGUCCGGCUUCUCCUCGCGGGGCGAGAGUCGCAAAACUUCCAAGGACAUCUGCAGGAACCGCUGCUCGUGCGAGGAGAAGGAGAGCAUGCUGAACAUCAACUGCGAAAGCAAGGGUUUUACGAGCGUGAGCGCCUUUCAGCCUCCGCAGAACAAGGUCAGCCAGCUGUUCCUUAAUGGCAACUUUCUCACCAAGCUCAACCCCAACGAGUUCUCCAAUUACGGCAACGUGACUUCCUUGCAUCUCGGUAAUAACGGACUACAGGAGAUCAAAACCGGAGCGUUUAAUGGCUUGAGGAACCUCAAGCGCCUCCAUCUGAACAACAACCAUCUGGAGAUUAUAAAGGAAGACACGUUCUCUGGUCUGGAAAGUUUGGAGUAUCUCCAGGCUGAUUACAAUUACAUCAGUGCCAUAGAGCCAGGUGCUUUCAACAAACUCAAUAAGCUCAAGGUCCUGAUUCUCAAUGACAACCUCUUGCUUUCUCUGCCAAAUAACAUAUUCCGCUUUGUCAUGCUCACCCAUUUGGAUUUAAGAGGCAACCGCCUGAAGACGUUACCCUUUGCGGGCGUUCUGGAGCACAUAGGUGGCAUCAUGGAGAUCCAGCUGGAGGAGAACCCCUGGAACUGCACUUGUGAUCUAAUACCCCUCAAAGCCUGGCUGGACACCAUCGCCGUCUUUGUAGGUGACAUCGUCUGCGAGACGCCCUUCCGGCUGCACGGGAAGGACGUCACUCAGCUGAUCAAGCAGGACCUGUGCCCCCGGCGAGGCCCCGCCAGUGAGGCAGGUCACCGUGCCCCGCAGCCUCCUCCUGAUGCUCAGCAUCGUGCCCCCUCUCCAACGGUGCGUGCCCGGGUCACGCCGAGCCGUCCACCCAAGGCUUCGCGCCCUCCCAAGAUGAGGCAUCGACCCACUCCUCGCGUGACACCUGGCAGAGACAGGCACGUGUUCGGCCCCAUCAUGGUGUACCAGACCAGGUCCCCAGUGCCGAUGAGCUGUCCCAGCAUAUGUGUGUGCACAGCUCAGAACCCAGACAGUGGAUUAAAUGUCAAUUGCCAGGAGAGAAAGCUGCACAACAUCUCCGAGCUGCAGCCCAAGCCUUCUUACCCAAAGAAGCUGCAUUUAACUGGUAACUAUUUACAGACCAUAUAUCGAAUGGAUCUGACUGAAUACAGCACCCUGGAGCUUCUGCACCUGGGAAAUAACAGGAUAGCCGUCAUUCAGGAUGGGGCCUUUGAGAACCUGACGAGUUUGCGCAGGCUUUACCUCAAUGGCAACUAUAUUGAAAGUUUGUCCCAGUCUUUGUUUGCUGGCUUGCAGAGCUUGCAGUACCUCUAUCUGGAAUACAACAUCAUCAAGGACAUCUUGCCCAACACCUUUAACUCCUUGCACAAUUUGCAGCUGCUGUUUCUCAACAAUAACCUACUGAGGUCUCUCCCUGACAAUGUAUUUGGAGGGACCAUGUUAACGAGGCUUAACCUCAGGAACAAUCACUUUUCCUAUUUGCCGGUACGUGGAGUGCUGGACCAGCUCUCGGCAUUUAUCCAGAUUGAUCUACAGGAGAAUCCAUGGGACUGUACCUGUGAUAUUGUGGCACUUAAGAACUGGAUGGAGCUGUCCAGCACCAGCGUGGUUGUCAAUGAGAUCACUUGCGACUCUCCAUCAAAGCAUGCAGGCCGUCUCCUGCGUUCCCUGCGAAAUGAUGCCAUCUGCCCUGACCCUGCUGAGGCCCCUCCAACAAAGGCCCCUACCGUCAUCACCUCGAGCACAGGAGAGACCCCCUUUUCUGCUGCCACCCCUACGGACCGAGUACCCGAAACGCACCCAGAAGUGCCCCUGUCUGUGCUUAUCUUGGGACUGCUGGUGGUCUUUAUUCUCUCUGUGUGCUUUGGGGCUGGCCUCUUUGUGUUUGUCCUUAAACGUCGCAAAGGAGUGGAGAACAUUCCUUCUGGGGCCAACAACCUGGACCUGAGCUCUUUUCAAGUUCAGUAUGGCUCCUACACUACAGAACCCAGUGUGAGCAAAAGCGAGAACCGGGUGUACAACUACAUCCCUCCUCCGGUGGGACAAAUGUGCCAGAACCCCAUCUACAUGCAGAAAGAGAGCGAGCAGGUGACCUACUACAGGAACCUGAAAGAGCUGAGCUUCAGCACCAUGGAUCCCAAAAAGGAGGAUCUGGCACGCAGCCCGGCAUACACGGUAAGCACGGUGGAGUUCACGGACAAGCAGCCCUGUGGCAACCCAGAGCCAGAGCUCCUCUACCAGAACAUUGCAGAAAGAGCCAAGGAGCUCCCUGCGGCAGGACCACUCACCUACAGCUUUUGCACUUUACCCAAAAGGCCCUUCAUUCCACCAUACGAGACGACGGCACGGCGGCACAACCAGGAUCGAUUAAGCAAAACUGUGUUGUACGGGACCCCGAGGAAGUACGGCGACCAAGGGAAGGUGGAGCACCCCUUACUUCCUUGCAAGCUGAAAACAGAGCCAGACUAUCUUGAAGUUCUGGAGAAACAAACUGCUAUGAGUCAGCUGUAAAACUAGCCCGUCCGUCUCCAACGUUAGUCUUUAUAAUUAAAGAUGCAUCGUUUGUGGUUUCAACAGCAUAAGACUCGAACAACUCGAACAAAUCAGUUCAGUCAAAAACCAUUCAAACAAAUCAGUCGAUCAAAUCAAGUGACACAAACAACGCAACCUAAGCCUUUUUUUCCAUGUCUUUCAUCUCUUUCUGAAGCUGUACAAAUUAGUAAAGAAAAAAAAAAAACAAAUCCACAAUUUAAAGAUGAUAUAUUAUUUUCUCUAAGGUUUAAAUUAUUUCCUCUACUUGAAACAGAAAGACUGUAGCAAUCGUUGCGAGAAAAUGUAUGAUAACAGCAGCUUAAUGCUUUUUUUAUAUGAAGUAUAUUUUUUUCUCUCCGGGGAGCGCAAUGUUGAAUCAUGAUUGACAUUCCUGUAUGGUAUAUAUGACGGUGAGUGGGAACACACAAUAACUGGUUGCAUCCACUUUUGAUCCAUUGAUUCCAGAAAGUGCCUUUGCACUCGAAGAAUUUUAUCUUUUGCUUUUCUGUUAAUUGAAAUUUUUAUAAGUGCUGUAUUUUAAAGACUCUUUAUGUAAAAUAGAAUUAUUUGUCCAUUGCAUUAAACAGGGAGGAAAAAAAAUAUGAGGGGGAAAAAAGAUACUCUAUUUAUUGGUAGAGAAUUAUGUUUUUUAAUCUAUGUCUGUUUAGAAUUUAGACUCUGUCUCAGCCUGAGAUAAAUUGGCUUUACGAUGCGCAAAAGAGCUGAAUUAAAUUUUCACAUAUUAUGCACUCGGCA